CGGAAACUCUCCUGAUCUUCAGAGUUGAAGGAAUAAGAACUCGGAGAAUAUCUGUUGGGUAUUGAAUCCUACAGUUUAUCCGUCCCUGGAGCGACCCACUCGAUUCGUCGUCCGUUCAGCAAAGGUCUCUCACCAUUAUGGCUUCCUCAUCACAACCUUCGAGCUUCUUGCUCUACUCUUGUAUAGCACACCGCACAACUAUUCUCGCAGAGCAUUCGUCACCCGGGACAUCCUCUACUGCAGCAUCUUCACUAGCAUCCAUUAUCCUCCCUAAGAUCACACAUGACAAGCCCCAGAAGCUCACUUACACACAUGAGCGUCUCUUCGUCCAUUACAUCGCAGAUUCACCCACAGGCUCUUCGGAUGAUGCCGGUCGCCAAGAACCAAACUCCUAUGCACCUCUCAGCUACAUCGUCGUGGCGACCGCCGAACAAGGCCGUCGCAUUCCAUUUGCAUUUCUCCUCGAGAUGAAACGCAAGUUCCUAUCGACUUACCCCCCUUCGAGCACUGAUUUUUCUUCUCUCCCUGCAUACGGCUGUGCCGCUUUCAAUUCGGAGCUUCGUUCUCUCCUCCAGACAUACAACACCGCCCCGCCGUCGGACUCUCUUGCUUCAGCCCGACGGGAGAUCGACAGCGUCCGUGACAUUAUGACAGAGAACAUUGAGCGGGUACUUGAGCGUGGUGAACGGAUUGAUUUGUUGGUCGAUAAGACUGAUCGGCUUGGGGGCAGCGCGCACGACUUCCGAGUGCGUAGUCGCGGUCUGCGGCGGCGGAUGUGGUGGAAGAAUAUCAAGCUGAUGGUGCUUCUGGCUGUUGUGGUGGUCUUCCUCGUCUAUCUUUUCGUCGGUAUGGGAUGCGGCUUGCCGGCUUGGGGGAAGUGUGUUGGGCACAGUGCGUAGGGCUCCUGUCAUUGUCCAAAUCAUCACUCCUCUGUCGCUGAACGAAUGGGAGCGAUGUCCUCUUUCUGUGCACAUACCCUUUCCGACCGUAGAAUGUACGUCGAUCGCUCUGUGAAUUGCCAGCUUACGAUAGCAUUUACGAUUGUGACCUUUUUUGUCCGCCUUGUCUGUGAUAUCGCUUGCCUUGUAUGUACUCUUAUGUCAACUUUAUAUUACUUUUUUAGCCUAUGCAU